UCACUUCUUGUCUGCCAUCAAAAUCCCAUAAAACCAAACACACCCUUCACAUUUCACACUCUCAUUUCCCUCCCUCAACCCUCUCCUCUCAAAACAACCAUGACCCUUUUCUUCUCUUCAAUCCUUCUACUUCCCCAUUAACUCUAACCUCUUCAAGUGAUAGUAAGUUAAGACCUUUCAUCUGAAAAAAACAGAGUUAAAAAGUGAUUGUUUCUGCUAAAACAAGAUGAUAAGCGCUUCUGACUUGUACCAUGUUCUCACUGCGGUGGUGCCACUCUACGUGGCUAUGAUCCUCGCCUACGGCUCAGUGAAAUGGUGGAAAAUCUUCAGUCCAGACCAGUGCUCUGGCAUCAACCGUUUUGUUGCUCUGUUCGCAGUUCCUCUGCUUUCCUUCCACUUCAUCUCCACCAACAACCCCUACGCCAUGAACUACAGGUUCAUCGCUGCUGAUUCUCUUCAGAAAACCAUAGUCCUUGCAGUUCUGCUAAUCUGGUCAAGAACAAGCUCAAGAGGCUCUCUGGAAUGGUCCAUCACUCUGUUUUCCCUGUCAACACUGCCCAACACUCUGGUCAUGGGGAUUCCAUUGCUGAAGGGGAUGUAUGGUGAUGCAUCAGGGACAUUGAUGGUGCAAAUCGUGGUGCUUCAGUGUAUCAUCUGGUACACUCUGAUGCUGUUCUUGUUUGAAUACAGAGGAGCCAGGCUUCUCAUUGUGGAGCAGUUUCCUGACACUGCAGGGUCGAUUAUCUCGUUCAAGGUGGAUUCUGAUAUUCUCUCGCUUGAUGGGAAAGAGCCUCUGCAGACUGAGGCUGAGGUUGGAGAAGAUGGAAAGCUUCAUGUUACUGUCAGGAAAUCUACCAGCUCACGCUCUGAGAUUUUCUCUCGGCGUUCUCAUGGACCAAACUCUGGUGUUUCACUCACUCCUCGUCCUUCAAACUUGACCAAUGCUGAGAUUUACUCUCUGCAAUCUUCCAGGAAUCCAACUCCAAGAGGGUCUAGCUUCAACCACACUGAUUUCUACUCCAUGGUGAAUGGGAGAAACGUGAGUCCGAGGCAGAGUAACUUUGGUGGAACCUUGGGUUUUGAUGAGGAAAGUGGAAUGGGUAAGGCUAAUGGUGGUGGUGGCGGUGGUGGGUACCCUGCUCCUCACAAUGCAGGGAUUUUUUCUCCGGUGACCGGCAAGAAGAAGGCCAACGGUGGCGGCGCUGAUGGCGGCGGAGGAAAGGAUCUUCACAUGUUUGUUUGGAGUUCAAGUGCUUCCCCUGUUUCUGAAGGUGGAAUCCAUGUCUUCAGAGGUGCUGAUUAUGGGAAUGACCAGCUUGGUGGGGUAGCUUCACACCAAAAAGAUUAUGAUGAGUUUGGUCACGAUGAGUUUAGCUUCGGAAACAGAACUGUUGCUAAUGGUGUGGACAAGGAAGGACCUGUGUUGUCUAAGCUUGGUUCAAGCUCCACCACUGAGCUUCACCCAAAAGCACAGGGAGAAUCCAAAACUGCCACCAACAUGCCACCUGCUAGUGUCAUGACUAGGCUCAUUUUGAUCAUGGUGUGGAGAAAGCUGAUUAGGAAUCCUAACACUUACUCUAGCCUUAUUGGUCUCACUUGGUCUUUGGUCUCAUUCAAGUGGAAUGUUGUUAUGCCAGCAAUUGUUGCUAAAUCAAUAUCAAUUCUAUCUGAUGCAGGCCUUGGAAUGGCAAUGUUUAGUCUUGGGUUGUUCAUGGCGUUGCAGCCAAAGAUCAUUGCUUGUGGAAACUCGGUUGCUGCAUUUACUAUGGCAGUUCGGUUCCUCACUGGCCCUGCAGUCAUGGCCGUUGCUUCAAUUGUUGUAGGGCUCAGGGGUGUUCUGUUGCACAUAGCUAUUGUACAGGCUGCUCUGCCUCAAGGAAUUGUCCCAUUUGUGUUUGCUAAGGAAUACAAUGUUCAUCCUGACAUUCUCAGCACUGGGGUUAUAUUUGGAAUGCUGAUUGCUCUUCCCAUUACUCUUGUUUACUACAUUUUGCUGGGGCUUUGAAGCAAUGCUGAUGGUGGAAGGAAGAAAAAGACUAAUUGAAGUGUAUUACAUGUCCUUUUGUUAGCAUAGGAUAAUUUUUUUUCUUUGGUAACCUCUAACAAUGUAGUAGAAUUUUGGAAGGUAGCAAGAGUGGAGUGAAAAUGUGUAUGUGACCUUUUUUAACUGUGAACCCCACCACUGUGUUGCAUUUUGGUUGGAUUAAUGAGAAGAGAAAGUGGAGCAUGUUUUUAGUUGUCGA